AGACCGGCAGUAGGAGGGGCACGCGGGGAUCUGCGGGGACGUUUUUCAAACGCAGCUGCACCUUCCAAGUAUUAGCUGUAGGUUUCAGCAUCGUGCCCCCCCCCCAUCCCGCUUCCCCGGGAGGUUUUCACUGUGACUCGGUACACGGCUGGAGAAAAUGUCUAACCUGAACUGGAAGCCUUUUGUUUUCGGCGGGCUUGCUUCUGUGACAGCGGAAUGCGGGACCUUCCCAAUCGACUUAGCCAAGACACGUCUUCAAGUUCAAGGCCAAGUGGGCGACAGCAAAUACCGAGAGAUCCGCUACAGAGGCAUGCUUCAUGCUAUAGUGAGGAUAGGAAGAGAGGAGGGGCUCCGGGCACUGUAUUCUGGAAUAGCCCCUGCGAUGCUGCGCCAGGCCUCCUAUGGGACCAUAAAAAUUGGCACAUACCAGAGUCUCAAGCGACUGCUGGUUGACAGACCAGAGGAUGAAACAUUGCUGACUAAUGUGGUAUGUGGUGUUCUCUCUGGAGUCAUCUCCUCUUCCAUCGCCAACCCCACUGAUGUGCUUAAGAUCCGCAUGCAGGCUCAAGGAAAUGUGAUCCAGGGCAGCAUGAUGGGCAACUUCAUCAAUAUCUACCAGGAGGAGGGAACAAGAGGACUGUGGAAGGGCGUUUCUCUCACGGCUCAGCGAGCAGCCAUUGUAGUCGGGGUCGAGCUACCAGUCUAUGACAUCACUAAAAAGCAUCUGAUCCUGUCGGGUUACAUGGGGGACACCGUGUACACACACUUUUUGUCCAGUUUUGUGUGUGGCCUGGCGGGGGCUUUGGCCUCCAAUCCUGUGGACGUAGUCCGGACACGCAUGAUGAACCAGAGAGGAGGAGCUCUGUACCAGGGAACACUGGACUGUAUACUGCAGACGUGGCGCUCCGAGGGCUUCAUGGCCCUCUACAAGGGUUUCUUUCCUAACUGGCUCCGUCUGGGACCAUGGAACAUCAUUUUCUUCCUCACAUAUGAGCAGCUGAAGAAGAUCAACGUGUGACUGACAGAAUAAGAUGGUGAAGAAGAGAUGAGCAUGAGCGCACGCUCCAGUGAACUGAGAGGACCAAAAUCAGGAGUGGCUGGAUGAGGAUGGAUCCUUGAUGGACCCACUGAAAGGGGGAAAGAAAGAUGGUGUAGACCCACGUAUGAGGGGCAGCUUAAGAAUUUGCCUGAUUUCCUGUUUGGGCUACAUGUCGCCUUAAGCCUGUGGCAAGUGGGGAGCUACCCACACCUGAUGUUUUAGCUUAUCCAAAUGCUAUAUUAAGAUCAACUGCUCAGCUAAGUGCUGACUGGUAAAUUGGAAUGAAAUAUAAACUGCAAGAACCGUCACAGACUCUUGUUGAUGAAACAUUUGUUUCAGUCACAAGCUGCUUUGAAAACAUCCCUUCUACACUUGGUCUCCCAAUUGAGUGCCUUGGUUUGUGUUCGAUCUACGCUCGAGUUGCAUGAGGACUAAGAAAGUUGUAUGGCAGCUGACAAUCGCAGCGAUCAUUCCCUUUUGAAAGUUUUUCUGUGCAUGAGUCAACAAACUUGGACUAGGACCUGGUGGCUUUUCUUUUUCAAUAUUUCUAAAGUUGGAGUUGGGUUUGAGAAAUUAUGUAUUCUAAUAGUCUCCCUGGAGUACUUACAGAGUCAAGAGCCAAUAAUAGAUCACGGUGUACGGUAAUAAAUGACAGCCAUAUAAACAGCCUAAAGACCAGUUUGGGUUCUCAGACAGGACAGACACACAUCACAUACCCACAUGUGGCGAGACAGGAAUAUAACCUGUGGCAACUGGGUGUUGACUCUGCACUCCCUGCCUUUUUUUGCUUUCAGAUACACUGCUGUUAAGACAUUACAGACAUGCUUGUUACAUAAGCCUGCAUAUUAUAUCCUGUACUGCUUUAGGUUUAGACCACUUGGACAGAUUACAAGUGUAUUAUAUGAUGCUAUUUAAGGCCAUGAGGCACUGAAACCACUGCAUAUGAUCCACAGUUUACCCCAGGUAUAUUUUUAUAUACUGUAUUUGCGCGCUGUAUGUUUAUCUGUGAGCUGCCAUUGCUGCCAAAGUGUAAGCCAGUGGAAUUUUGUUUUACUUUUAAUGUUGAUGGAAAUGCUGCUGUAGCCGUGUAUAUUUGAAAUAAAAGACAAAAAUCCACCA